AAACUUUGGAGGGGUUGUGCGGUGGAUCUCCGAAAACUUUGUGAAUACUGAGAAAGCAGUGUUUUAAGUGUCGGACCUAACCAGGAAUUAGCAGUCACGUGACCCGUCGUAAUGUUUUUUUACACUGUCCACGUGAUAUUACAAACUUAGAGUGGCUUCAAAUGUCACGGAACAGAUCUUGAAGUUUAAGGAUAGGUCUGUAGAUGUACUGAGGUGAAACUCUUAAGUGAUUAAAUGUCCUGUCGGAUGAUUAAAUGAACCGAUCUCAUUGCGCAGCCGGUCUGAGUGAGAGUUUCUGGACAUUAUGCCAAUUGAAGAAGUCUGUGACAGUGUUUCAGCCGAGGAUGAUGCUAAGAAGGGGCCUGAUGUUCCUUUCCUUUUAGAAGAGCGUGUAAAAGAGAAGGUGCCCUGGAAGGAUGUGUUGAGGAGGAAGGUGGGAAAAAAGUGUUCCUGCAGUUCUGCCCGAGUCAAAGCCCUUCUCGUUGACUCCAUCCCAAUUGUGAAAUGGCUGCCCAAAUAUCAGUUCAAAAACUGGAUCAUUGGGGAUGCCAUGUCUGGCCUCAUUGUGGGCAUCCUGUUGGUUCCCCAGUCCAUCGCCUAUUCUUUACUAGCAGAACAAGACCCUAUUUAUGGGCUCUAUACCUCUUUCUUUGCCAGCAUUAUCUAUGCCCUACUGGGCACCUCCAAGCACAUCUCUGUUGGGAUGUUUGGGGUAUUGUGUCUUCUGGUGGGACAGGUUGUGGACAGGGAACUUACUCUGGCAGGAUAUCCAUCGAACACCAAUCAGACCACAUUGGGAAACAUGGACAACAGCACUGGUCCAAUCUGUGACCGAAGCUGCUAUGCAGUCAUGGUGGGAGCAACACUAACUUUCACAGCAGGAAUCUACCAGGUGUUGAUGGGUCUCCUACAGGUUGGCUUUGUCUCCGUCUACCUGUCAGACUCUCUGUUAAGUGGUUUUGCAACUGGCGCCUCUCUCACCAUCCUCACAUCACAGAUAAAGUACUUCCUGGGCCUUCACCUUCCUCGUGCCCAAGGCUGGGGUUCGCUCAUUAAAACCUGGAUCAGUCUGUUCAAGAAUCUAGGUCAUACCAACUUCUGUGACCUCAUAACCAGCGUGCUCUGCUUGCUUGUGCUCGUACCCACCAAAGAGCUCAAUGACCGCUUUAAGGCCAAGCUCAAGGCCCCUAUUCCCUUUGAACUCUUUGUGGUCAUCGCUGCUACUCUAGCUUCCCAUUUUGGACGGUUUGAGGAAACAUAUGGCUCGGAUGUAGCCGGUAACAUUCCCACGGGCUUCAUGCCACCGCAGCUUCCCAGCUGGUCGCUCAUACCAAAUAUCGCCGUUGACGCGUUCUCAAUCGCCAUUGUUGGUUUCGCCAUUACUGUGUCUUUGUCUGAGAUGUUUGCCAAGAAGCAUGGUUAUAUAGUGGACCCUAACCAGGAGAUGUAUGCUAUUGGGUUCUGUAAUAUCAUUCCUUCCUUCUUCCGAUGUUUUACGACAAGCGCUGCCUUGACCAAGACUCUUGUGAAGGAGUCAACUGGUUGCCAGACUCAGGUCUCGGGAUUGGUGACUGCUCUUGUGCUGCUGCUCGUCAUGCUUGUUAUUGCACCUGCCUUCUACUCAUUGCAGAAAUGUGUUCUGGCUGUCAUAAUAGUCGUCAACCUCCGUGGUGCAUUACGCAAGUUUGGGGACAUUCCUCAAAUGUGGCGUGUCAACCGUGUGGACACUAUCAUCUGGCUGAUUACUAUGGGUACAUCAGCACUAGUUAACACUGAACUAGGUCUUUUGGUUGGAGUCCUGGUCUCUGCGUUCUGUGUGCUUGGCCGAACCCAGUCCGCCCAAGUCCGUCAACUGGGCCAAGCAGGAGACCGCGAGCUCUUUGAGGACAUUGCGUCCUACAAAGGUCUUCAGAGCCAGCCAGGGGUGGCUGUUUUCCGAUACGAGGCUCCCAUCUACUAUGCCAACCAAGCUCUUUUUAAGAAGUCACUCUACCGCAGUGUGGGCCUGGAUCCGCUUAAAGAAAAGGCCAGGCGUAGGAAACUAGAAAAGCAGAGGAAUCAGAAACAAGGUGGAAAAGACCAGAAGCAAGAGAUGGACGUGUCCACCAAUGUGUAUCUGCUACAGCACAAUAGUGUGCACACCCUGGUCAUAGACUGCAGUCCAGUGCUGUUUCUGGACACUGCUGGAGUCAAUGCUUUGAAAGAGGUAUGCAAGGACUACAAGGAGCUGGGGGUCAGUGUGCUUUUGGCGCAAUGCAACACCUCCGUCAUUGAUUCUUUGCGAAGCGGAGGCUUUUAUGACCCAGAGAAAGGGACAAAAGAAAUACAGUUUUACACUCUUAGUGACGCCAUCUCUUAUGCCCAAAGCUUGAAGUCACAAAAUGGCGAUUGUGACACUGUUGUGUAAUGCAUUGUAAUUUAUUGAUCUGAUAUUUGUUUCGUCAAUUAUAUGAUCGUUUACAUACCCUUAUGUCGUUCUGAAUCUGUAUCACUUUUUAAAAUGCAAAAUACAAAAGAAGAUAUCUAGAAUGUUUGUCUAUGCACCAAAAGUGUUUUUAAGUCAGUGGGUUCCAAAAUAUGUUGUUUUGUACCCCAUUGAAUUUCAUUGCAUUAAAAAACACUAAAUCAUUACUAAAAAUAUAAAGUCGUACAGCUUUGGACACCAUUGGCUUUAAUUGCAUUGGAAAAAAAACAACCAACCAACAAACAAACAAACAAAAAGCACUAAAUCAUUUCUAAAAAUAUAAAGUAAUACAGGUUUGGACCCAAUUGUCUUUAAGUGCAUAAAAAAAAAAAAAAAAAAAAAAAAACACUGCAUCAUUACUAAAAAUAUAAAUUCAUACAGGUUUGCAUCACAUUGCCUUUAAUGGCAUUUUAAAAAAACACUGAAUCAUUACUAAAAAAAGAAAGUAAUUCAGGUUUGGACCCCACUGACUAAUGCAUUUAAAAAAACACUAAAUAAUUACUAAAAAUAUAAUGUCAUACAAGUUUGGACCCCACUGACUUUAAUUGCAUUAAAAAAAAACAAAAAACAAAAUCAUUACUGGAAGUACAAAGUCAUACAGGUUUCGAACCACAUGAUGGUGAGUAAAUUAUGACAGUUUUCAGUAUCCCUUCAAAGUUUCUUAAAAUGCAUAGACAAUCAUGUGUUUAUAUAUGUUACAACAUAAUUGCCAUUGAAAAACAGUAUGUUGUGUUGUGCAGGACCUAUAAAUAGAAGUUCAAACUUUGUUAACCGCAAAUCUGCAUGUAUGUCGUGACCUUUUAUCCAGUCAGGAAGAUAAUCAGAUUUUUUCAGAAUAUCAAAAAGAAUAUUUUGAUAUCAUUUACACAACUUAAUUUAAAUAGUUAAAACUAGUAUUUAAGGCCUCAGUCUUUCUACAUGAAUAGAGGUGAUUAAUGCUAGACAAGCUCCAGCUUGUAUAUUGACUCUUUAUCUCCUUCCACUCAAGUUUUUUUCUCAUUCAGUCAGAAUUAUAUGUUGUAUAAUCUCAUUUGUGACAUUUACCCAGCUUUAUGGGUACUUGUGCAUGUUUACAUGACCAUAAAGCUUGGAUACACUGAGCGCUUGUUGUCUGGGUGAAUGUGAGUUGAACUCUUUCACCCAGUCAUCAUAUGUUUAUGUCAGUCGCAGAAGCAUUAGAGAGUGUGUCUGUGUGCCUUGUCACUGUGACUGUGCAGCUUUUUUUCUUGAAAGGCUUUGCUGAAGAAGCUGAAUAAAAAUGUUCAUGGUCAGGACUUUCUCUGACUCAGCUUUCAUUCCAGGUAGAGCGUAAAGAAGGCUCAGAUAGAGUAUUUUUAUGGAGUUGUGUCUGACCUGUUGAACAGGUCUGAAGAAACAGGAGAUGUAGCCGGACGAUCCGACCGCAUACCAAACCCAGGCUCAGGGCAAGAUGAGACGAUUUUUCUAAAACGCUGGAGCUUUUGCCAUAUAUAUCGCUGAUAGAAUGCUAGCACAAAUAGAAAUAGGACUUUAAACAUAUGCCUUUUAGGGCUAACUAGGAACUAUUUAUGUAGUUUUUAUCUCAUGUAGUGGUUACACUAUUAAAAAUAAAGAUUCCAAAAAGAAAUUUUCACAGUGAUGCCAUAGAAGGCAGAAGGUGUGACUUUUUUUUUUUUUUUUUUUUUUUUGGUU